AAAACAAAGAAUAAAAGAGCUCAGUCUGUGAAUACUGUCAGGUAUGGUUUCGUAGGAAGAGGUUUCGUCAUUUUAAAAUAAGCAUUCAUAUAUAUUUAUAUAAAAGAGAAUUAUAUUCAGUACAUUUACAUGUCUGGCAUUUGGCAGACGCUCUUAUACAGAGCGACGUACAUUAAAGUCUUUUAAAGUGUUUUAAAGUCUCUAUCAGUGAAUAUAUUAACACUGGUUCAGUAGGUUACAGACUUACAUACCAUCAGCCUAAAACUGAGUUAGUGUUUCUUUCUUUUUAAAUUCAUGCGUAAAAUAUAUAUAUAUUUUAAUACAGGCGCUGCGAAUAGGACCAAAAUGGGUCCUUCGUUACGCAUGUCUGCUGAGAACUCCUUGGUGCGUGUGAGAGAAGUUACAGUAAAUGUUUGUUUAUGUCAUGUGUGUUUAUAUUUAUUAAUUAAAAUCAAGUGACAAUCGACAUUUUGUGAAGCUCAAGAUGAGCUUAGAGACAUGUCCGUUCUGUGGGAAGCCUUUCAAAAGGCUCAAAUCUCAUCUUCCUCACUGCAAAAUGUCCCCUGGGUCUAAGACUUUUAAAAUCACUAACAAAUCUAAAGAAAUACCAACUACCCCUUUUAAACAUACAACUAAUAAGGCUACCACUAAUAAAGUAAAUACUGAAAAUGCUGACACUACAACAUUUAAGGCAAACUCAAAAUCCCCAGUGAAAUCCAGAUCCAAAAAAGCUGACAAGGUGAGAGAGAAUAAGGAACUUUUACAAAAUACCUUCACACUCACGAGCACUGCAUCCAAUGUACCAUCAACAGAAGGAAUGAACACAGACACUUUGAAGCCCAAAACCAAGUGGCUUGUGAAAAGAGAGCAAGAGAUGUUGAAACAAGCUAAACUGCAAACACAGACAAGAAUCGAAUUCACUUCCGUUUCUCAGAAGGAAAAGUGUAACAGUGAAACAUUCAAAACCCCAGUAAAAGACACACAUUUAUUAGAAAAAGAAAUCAUCAGUGGACAAAAACAGCUUACAGGAACCAAUUUGACCUCUCAACUAACCACAAACAGGAUCAAUUUCAGUGAGUCAGAUCCUUUACAGAGAGUUCCCUGGACCUCAGACUGUCAGGAUAAGGAAAGUAUGCCAGAGUGCAGCGGAAAUGCUAAUGUAUCAGACCAGGCACAAAAUAGUCCGAAGUCUUUGACCAAAGAAUGCACAUUGGAUUUGAGAGGUAAAGAGCAAGGUGUGUCUGUAUUUCAAACUAAGACUAGUGUGUGGGACCACAUUAAACAUGGACUUUAUAGAAGGAGAUAUAACUGUGUUCCAGUGUUAUAUCCCAUAGUCUUAACACACAAAGUGUCUUUGAUUAAGUAUGUAAACACUGCAGAGUCAAUACCCAAGCCUCAUACAGGGAAUGAUCAAAAUGCCAGUAUAAAGACUUCCCUUGUACAGUUUCCUAUUUUGCAAACCUCCAUCCAAAAGCCAGUUGAAGACGUUCUAGGCUCCCGUUUACAAAACAUGUCUAUUCUGCCAUACUCACAUGAGAUGGCCACAGGUUAUGGUGGAACAUGUUUCUUUUCAUCUGAUUCCGAAAUCUCCUCUAAUGAAAAUGUAUUGAAGUGCCAGACCUCCAAGGCUUCACCACAGAGUCAAGGUUUAAUGACAGAGCUGAGAUUUGGAAAUGUGAGACUGAAUGAGCUUGCUUCUUGGCUUGGUGUUCAAACACCAAAAUCACCCAGGGAGGCUGUGACAAUGUUUAACAAAGGUUGGCAGUGGUAUUACAGGAAGUAUAUUGAUGUACAAAAAGGAGGAAUUGGUGGGAUUGCAAUGCUGAUUGGUAGCUACUGUGUCUUGAGUUACAUUUGGCAUUACCCCAAUAUCAAAAGAGACCGCUGGAGGAAGUACCAUUAGAGGAUUUGGAGGACAUCCCACUACCGCUACAGUAUUUGGAGGACUUCAUAGGUUCUCAAACAUUACUGACCUCAGAGUAUUGCAAUAUUUCCAGAGACCAGAUAUUUAUACAGUAAUUUAUUUCAAAUGUUUUAACACAUAAUGGAUUUCUGUUACAAACACAAGUGUAAAUAUGAAUAAAUGCUGACCGCAAAUACACUAUUAGAUCUAUUACCUAAUCUCGCCAUGUUGAUUACUUUCAAGCGAAGUAAGUUAUUUAUUCAAGUUAAACUUAUUUAUUCACAUAAAAUAUUUAUAACUCUACCACAACUUUACUUUGAUGAAGAAAUAUGAGUAAACUGUGAAGGAAGCCAUUCCCUGACAUCCAUCCAUGCAUUUCCAGUGGUGUCAGGCAUGUCCUUUUAUUUCUUUUAAUUCUUCUCAUAUUUAUUUGUAUAAUGUAUGUAGAAUGUGGUCUACUGACAUACAUUAGAUUUGUCAUGGUGUCUAAUUUUUUGUAGAUCUGAAGGUGUGAUACUUUUACAGGAA